AUGGCACCAACUGCUCAGACUCAGAGUGACAAUGUCACCGUGACCACCAAGACAGAUGCCACUGUCCAGACCCAGGAGAUUGGCACCGGCAGCAGCUCUCCAGUUGACGGCGUCCGCGCCCCAGAUGCUUUCGACAAUGACAUUGCUAUCCGUCCCAAUGCGCCUGAAGACCUUCCCGACCUCUUGAGCAAAGUCAGCAAGCUCGGCGCAUCAUACGAAGAGACAAAGGACGAGGAUAUCCGCGCCGAGUACCUGGAUGCCGCCCGGCACCUGGUUUACUCACUCGAAACUCCUCGCGAGGCCAUGAUCCGGUACUGCUGGUCUCAGAGCACACUCUACGCCGCCAUUGAAACAUGCGUCAACCUUGGCGUCUUCGUUAUUUUGUCCAAGGACGACACUCCCAAGACUGUCGAUGAGCUUGCCAAAGCUACGAAUGCAGACGUUCUCCUUAUCUCCCGCCUCCUCAAACACCUCUCCACCAUGGGCGUCAUCGUUGAAACCGCCGAAGACACCUACCGCCGCAACGGCUUCUCUACAUCCCUCAGCAACAAGCGCUACAGCGACGCCUACCCCUGCAUGACAAACUGCAUCACAUUCGGCCUCACUAGCCUCCCCUCCUUCCUCCAGAAAACAAACUACGCCAACCCCACCGACGGCUGCCACUCCGCAUUCCAAGACGGCUACCGCACCGACAAGCACUUCUUCGAGUUCCUCAAGGACCACCCCACCUACGGCGAGGAGUUCAACAACCACAUGACAGCCUACCACCAGGGCCGACCCAGCUGGAUGGACGAGGGCUUCUACCCGGUGCCGUCGCUGACGGAGGGGCUGAACCUCGGCCCCGAGGACGUCCUCCUCGUCGACGUCGGCGGCAACGUCGGCCACGACCUCACCGAGUUCCGCCGCAAGUGGCCCAACAUUCCCGGCCGCCUCAUCCUCCAGGAUCUGCCCGCGGUCAUUGCCCAGGCGAAGUGGCAGAACGAGGCUACGCAGAAGGCCAUUGAGCCGAUGGGUCAUGACUUCUUUUCUGAGCAGCCUGUUAAGGGUGCGCGCACGGGCCUACUACAUGCACUCAGUCCUGCACGACUGGGCGGACGCCGACUGCCGCCGGAUUCUCUCGAAUCUCGUCCCCGCCAUGAAGCGCGGAUACAGCAAGAUCCUGAUCAACGAGAACGUGAUACCCUCCACGAACGCGUACUGGGAGACGACGAGCCUGGAUAUCAUUAUGAUGGCGGACUUUGCGUCGCAGGAGCGCACGGAGAAGCAGUGGCGCGAGCUGACGGCGUCGGUUGGGUUGAAGAUCGUCAAGAUUUGGACGAGACGACGGGGCGUGGAGAGUUUGAUUGA